AUGGGUAACAAUGGUCAGAGAUGUCUUGGUUUGCUCUCCUUUCUGAGGAAAGCUGUUCAGCACUCACGGACGCCUCCUUCGGUAACUGAAAUACCGCGCACUUACGUCCUUGGGAAUACGUCAGCAGAUCUAGAUUCAAUCAUUUCUGCAAUCAUAUACUCUUACUUCGCAUCUUCAGCAAAGUCUGAAAAGGAGCUUCAUUAUAUACCAGUGAUAAACCUAUCGGAAGUCCCAGCAGGGCGAGAAUUUAGAAGGUUACGACCAGAAUUCGUCACAGCUUUGAGUCUUGCUACCCAGCGUCCGUUGAAAAAUGCACAUAUCAAGGGCUCGGGUGGUUUGAAAACUUUACCUAAAGAUGAUGAUACCGACAAUCUACUCCAAGAAAGUAUCCUGACGGUCUCAGGCUUAAGGGAUGAUCUACUUAACUGGAAAACCUCGAAUGAUAAGCAGUCGAUGGCAUUAAAUAUUGUUAUGGUGGAUUGGAACGCGUUACCAAAAACACCUCCUCAUGGGUUCGGAAUUCCUGGACUUUCAGAUACGGUCCAGGGUAUCGAUCUGUCUGUGGUGGGUUGCAUCGAUCAUCAUGACGAUGAGGGCUUUAUCUCAAAGCAUCUGGUUCCGGGACCGGGAACCCAAGUGUCACACAUUCAAACCGGGGUGGGGAGUUGCACUUCCUUAAUCAUCCGUGAGCUUCGAAACUUAGGAUGGUGGAAUGACACUAUUGACGAUCACCAAGUGACUUCUGGCGAAACGGGCCCCGGUGAUGCGGAAUUCGAAUCACAGGCUGCACAACUUGCUCUGGCUGCUAUCCUAGCGGACACUGCGAAUAUGACAAAUGAAAGCAAAGUCUCAGACGUGGAUCGAGAGGCUGUCAAAUUUCUAGAAAAGAAAAUUACGCAGUGCACGUCUAUCGCCUGGGAUCGUAACAGCUUCUAUGAGCUCAUUAUGGAUGCCAAAUCUUCUAGCGUGGACUACCUUACGGCCCACGAAACAUUGGGAAGAGAUUACAAAGAAUGGACAGAGUCUGUUGGAUCUGGAAAUAAUGUCAAGAUUGGGAUAUGUUCUGUUGUCAAGCCGAUGUCUUGGAUCCUUGAAAAAUGUGGAUCAGAGUAUUCUCAAGAGGAGUAUGACGAAGAAGCAUUCUUUGAUGUUCUGGGCUCCUUUUCCAGUACCCGAGACCUUGACAUUGUUGCAGUCAUGACCGCCUUUUCAUCCUCUCCUAAAGAUGAGUUCCAGCGUGAAUUGGUUCUUACGGUGUUGAAUGAUGAGUAUCUUUCUAAGCUUGGAGAGUUUGAGGAGGCUGGCUUUGACUACCUACGCCUGGAAAAGAGACCUUUUAAUGAAAAGGAUAAGGACCUUGGGAACAUAGGGAGAAACACGCGCGUAUGGCGCCAGUUGGACGUUACAAAAAGUAGAAAACAGGUAGCUCCUUUGGUGCGCAGGGUAUUCGCAGGGGUAGCCUGA